CUCACUAUUAAUAGCCUCAAUAAAUCCACCUGCCCCUCCGACGAAUUUCGUUCAUCAAAAGCCAUGGACCAGGCGCCGCAAGAAAACCAGGCCACAGCACCUCCAGCUACAGGACACCUUAAUAUAAAAGUCACCGAUAACAACAACGAAGUUUUUUUUAAGAUUAAACGUACCACCCAGCUCAAAAAACUCAUGGAAGCAUUCUGUACUCGACAAGGAAAGGAUCUAUCCUCUGUACGUUUUUUGUUUGAUGGGACAAGAGUCAGGCAGGACGAUACACCAGAUACACUCGACAUGGCCGAUGGCGAUACCCUGGAGGUUCACCAAGAACAAAUUGGAGGCUAUCUUCCUUGACAAAAACUAAUCCUCGCGGUGGAAAUCCACUUUUAUGCGUCAACUGACUGUUUUCGUCCAUUUUUUAACUGUUGAUGAAAUUAUACCUGUCCUCUUUCGACCAAUUCUUUCUUCUUUACAGCGCCUUCUACAUAUUCUGCAAUUUCUAUGUCAUCUGUACUUGAAUUUGGCCGGCGCACAUGCAACUGAAAAUUUUUUGUAAUUUAGUGUGACGAAUAUCCUGCUUGAAUACCAUGAAAGAAAGAAAA